AUAAGUGUGGUGAUGAUCAAAUCAGAGAGAUGUAUGUAUACCUUAGGAUCCUGGACUGUAUAGUAUGAAUGCUGUCUGUGUGUUGUGUGAAUGUCGUCUUUGUCUGUCUUUUGUUCUGUUUUGAUUUGUUUUUCUUUCUCUUCUGGAAAUGCUGCUUUUGUUAAUGCAUUAGGACCCCCUCACAAAUGAGAUGCUACAUCUCAAGGGGCUUCCCUUAUAAAUAACAUAAAUAAAAAUCAAUCAAUCAAUCAAUCAAAUCAACUUUAUCGACAAAAUUCAAGUUAAAAGUUUUGAUUUAAACUUGAUCCUCAGUGUGUUUCCCGUCAAUGGGAUCUGAAAAAAAACAACAAAAAACAGAAAACAUUGGUGUAUUUGUGUCGAAUGUGUCCAUGACAACAGCAAACAGACCCCAGCAGCAGAUCAAAUUUAACCUGAGAGAAGAAAGAGAAAGAGAGGGUGGAAAAUGAAAGGGGGAGAAAGAGAGAGACAGAGAGAGGAGGGGCGGUAAAAGAGGGAAAAAGGAGAGAAGAGAGAGAAAAAGAGAGCAGUAGGGUGACAAAGGGAGAGAGAGAGAGAGAGAGGAGGAGACAACGAGAGAUAAAGAGAAAGAAAUGCAAAGAGAAAAUGAAUAAAAGAAGAGGGAGCGAGAUGGAGGGACACAGAGAGAGAGAAAGAUUACAGAAAGAUUGAAAGAGAAAUAAAAAGUUGUUCAGAGAGGGGAGGGGCAGAACAGGAAAGAGAGAGAGGGCUGGGCUGAUGGAGGGAUAGGAGAGAGUGAGAAAGAAGGGAGAGAGAGGAGAGGGAGGUAGAAAGAGAAUCAUAUUACUUACAGUGACACCUGAGCAGGCACAGUUGGGUCCAAGGCAUCAGUCCCAGAGCAAAGAUGCGUUCAUUGUUGACCACUCAAAGCCAGAAUUCCUACAGAGAACAGAUCCACAAAGAAACAAUGACGCGACUGAAGUGGAAACAGCGCUACAGCAGACUCUACCCCACCAACCAGACCAAAACCAGUCCAGGGUCUGAACCAGGUCUCAACAAGGACCCCACAGAGACCGAGCCAGGACCACUGCAGGGAGGGGCCAGUCUAGUGCUUCCUCCCAUCACCAUGACGACCGUGAGGCGGAGCAACACAUCCCUCUCCUCAGUCUCACUUCCUGCGACAUCACUUCCUGUUCCUGCGGAGAGGGCGCGGCCGUUCACAGUUCCUCCAGUGAUGAGACCCGCCUCCCCUCAGACCAGACAGUCCCUGUACCAGGACUCCUCCCACCAGGGCAGGGGGCGGAGCCAGUACCUGAGGAGGCGUGGCCAGAUGUUACCUGAGCAGAAGUUUGAUUUCCCACUGGUGUCAUCCUGGGAGUACGGCUGGAGACUGGGAGACUUCACUCUGGAUUACAAAACUCCCACUCAAGCUCGAUCGUCAGUCGUCAAAAGCACAUUUUACGCCCGAAAUGGAGUCUUCAACAGCCCCUCUCCCACAGACGCUCUGGGAUAAACAGCAGCUUGCUUUUAUACAAAAUAAAGACGUACACUUCCAAA